AUGACUCCGCCUCGCUUGCCCACGGCCUCAUCCAACUCGCGACCGGGCCCAAAACGCCCACCAGUCAAUGCAGCACCAGCCGAGAUCGUCGCACCCAUCUCGCUUCGACGAGUGAGGCCGGGAGAGCAGGCGGUUCAAGCGGGGAACGGUUCGAACGGGACGAGUGCGGCUCGGAACGCGCCUGUCGCGAGUGCCAGUGGCGGAAAGGGUGGUGUGAAGAGGGGACAGGUUCAGCCGAUCGGUCAGAAGGAUGCGCGGGACUUGCCAGCUCGUCCCGAGGUUCCUCGUCAACCGGUUGCCUCGACCAGCGACGGUACUUCUCGGUCGAGGCACUCGCUCGCGGAGCGGAUCUUGCCGAGGGAUCCUGAGGAAUCUCGUGAGCAAGACGGACGCGGACAGGCGGGCGGAAGAGACGAUGCGCGGGGCGAGACGAACGGGCGCGGAAGGGGUCGUGGGAGAGGAGGGGGAGGGGCUGUUCGUGGCGGACAGGGCGGCGGCCGAGGAGGUGGCCACUCUCACGGACGAGAAAACGGACGGGCAGCAGCGCACGGCGGGAAUCCGAGGCCGCGAACGAAGGACCCGAGGCUGCUACGUCUCGGCGAACUCGCGUCCUGGGUUCUGGUCGACAACAAGGCCGUCCCGCUCUACAAGACCGAGUCCGAAGGUCCGAUGAAGCUCACCUGCUACCUCGAGGCGGUUGAAGGUGCCGAGUUCGCGGUUGGUUUUCGCGACGAGCGUGAGAGGGGCGAGGACGAUGCGGCGGACUUCCUGUGCGAGGUUAUUGUGGACGGUGUAGUCUGCGGCGCCGACCGCCAGAUCAUCCGCGCAUGGAAGAAAUCGACAAUGUGGAACUCGCGCGACGUCGUCAAGAAGCGGUCGUACACCUGGCGCGGGCGAAGCGAGAGUGCGACUUCCCUCCGACCCUUCGUCUUCUCCCCUCUCGCGCUCACUUCCGACCCAGACUCUGCCUCGCACCUAACCGAAUCCCAGCUUCGCUCUCUCGGCUCGAUCCAGCUACGGAUCUACCGCGGACGGGUAGGCGAGGCAGCGGAUGAGGGCAUGAAUGCGGGAGAUGCGGAUGGUGGAGAGGGGAAGGGGCUGGGGGAGACCAAGUUGUGGGAGGAGAGCAAGAAGUUGGGGUUGAGUCAUCAGGCUUCUCUCGGUCCUGCUCGCCAACACAGCGCCGAGAAACGCUCCGUCUUCGUCUUCGACGAGAAGCGCUUCGGCGAUAGGAAGGACAAGCCCUACGCCGUGCUCGAGUUCAAGUACCGCAGCAGGACCGUUCUCGAGAUUGAAGGUAUGGUCGAAGCGCAAGACGACACCCCUCCCGCCGCCCCCGCUCCUCGCACCUCCAAUUCUCGCUCCGCUUCCGCCUCUUCCUCAUCAAACGCCGCCACGGCUCCUCCCGCCCACUCCACCCGCUCUACCACUUCGCAGCCCAAACCGAAGCCCAAUCCGAAGUCGGUGCGGGAAGAAUCCCCUGUCCUGGCCCGGCCUCGCUCGCCGGAUUGGAGUGCGCCUGGACCGUCCAAGAGCCAAGCGAAGAGCAAGGGAAAGGGGAAGGAGGAGGUCAAGCCGAGUGUAGCGAAGGGGAAGAAGAGGGUUCAGCCGCCUCCGCUUGGGGAGGUCGUCCUUGAUACGUCGGAUGUGGAGAUGAUUGAGGAGGACGAGAACGACCUGUAUGGCGAGCCGCCGGUCACGGAGAAGAAGGCAGGGGCGACAGGAGCAACUACGAAGAAGGGCAAGAGCAAGGUCGGCGAUGCGGAAGAUCCGGACGCCGAGAUUGCCCGCCUGCGCGCCGAGUUGGCCGAGUACAAGGCGCGCGAGCUCGCGCAGCUCAGGCGGGAGAAGGAGGAAGUCGAGCGGCGGGUCAAGGCGCGCGAGGAGGACGAGGUUCGGCGGGCGAUCGAGGGGCGGAAGCGGGAGCGCAGGGAGGAGGAGGAGGUCGCGCAGCAGUUGCUGCGCCGACGAGCGGGAGUCAAGCGGGAGAAGGAGGAUGUGGAUGCGGUCCUCGUCCUCAGCGACGGUUCCGACGAUGAUUGA